UGCAGUCAGCCUGGCUGUGGGCGGCCCCUGCCUGCUCCGUCCAGCUGGAGACAGCCCUGUGGGGCCAGCCAGCGCUGGGCCAGGAGCGGCCACCUGGUGCCUGCGUGCCACGGUCCUGUGGGCCUGGGAGCUGCCCCCGAGGAGCACGCCUCAGGGCCAGGCAUGUGAGGCCGCCGCGGGUCAUGGAGAACCUCCCUGCUGUGAUCACUGAGGAGCCGACCCCCAUGGGGAGGGGUCCCGUGGGACCCUCAGGAGGGGGCAGCAGCCGGGGCCACGUCUGGACGAUGACCACGAGGCCCUCUGUGAGCUGGGAGAAAGCGGGGCCUGAGGAGGCCAAGGCACCGGGGAGAGGCGACGAGGCUUCUCCCACCCGUGUGGCUGGGCCUGCCGCUGGGACCCCUCCCUGGCAGAUGGGGGCUUAUCCCACAGACCUGACCCUGCAGCUGCUGGCUGUGCGGAGGAAGAGCGGGCUACAGGACCCCGGCCUACAGCAGACCCUCCGGGGCCAGCUCCGCCUGCUGGAGAAUGACAGCCGGGAGAUGGCCCGCGUGCUCGGGGAAUUAUCAGCCAGGCUGCUGUCGAUCCACAGUGACCAGGACCGGAUCGUGGUGACAUUUAAGACUUUCGAAGAAAUCUGGAAGUUUUCCACCUACCACGCUCUUGGCUUCACUCAUCACUGCCUGGCAAACCUGCUUAUGGACCAGGCCUUCUGGCUGCUCUCGCCCAGUGAGGAGGAGGAGACGGCCAUCCAAGUCCUUGUGGAUGAGAACGCCUUGAGGCUGACCCACGAGAGCCUCCUCGUCCAAGAAGGGCCCUUCUUUGUCCUGUGUCCUGACCACCAUGUGAGAGUGAUGACGGGUCCCCGGGAUGCAGGAAAUGGCCCCCAGGCCCUCAGGCAGGCUUCGGGGGCUCCCCAGGGAGAGGCGGCCCCGGAAGCAGACUCUUCACCACCGAGCCCCAGCGUGUCCUCCGAGGAGGUGGCAGUGGCAGCCGCCCCGGAGCCUUUGAUUCCGUUUCAUCAGUGGGCUCUUAGGGUCCCCCAGGACCCCAUCGAUGAUGCCAUGGGUGGCCCUGUGACGCCCGACAACCCGCUGAUGGGUAAGUGUUUCCAUGGGUCUCUCUUUCCCGGGGAAAGGUGUGUGCCAGGGAGCAGCACCAACAUUUUGGAAGUUGUCCUGAACCUCCCUGAGCCAGAGAGAGAGAGAGACAGAGAGAGAGAGAGAGGGCACUUCAUUUUUUCCAGGUUGGAAAGUGCAAUUUUUCUCAAUGAGGAAGAAAAGUCAUUCUUCAGCGAGGGCCGCUUUUCUGAGGAGGAUGCCAGGCAGUUGCUGAGGCGGAUGUCGGGCACUGAUGUCUGCAGCGUGUACAGCCUGGACUCAGUAGAGGAAGCUGAGACCGAGCAGCCACAGGAACGAGAAAUACCUCCACCUUGCCUGGGCCCAGAGCCACAGGAGACCCUGCAGAAGGUGAAGAAUGUUCUGGAACAAUGCAAGACCUGCCCAGGCUGCCCCCAGGAGCCAGCGUCCUGGGGUCUCUGUGCAGCAUCCAGCAACGUGAGCUUGCAGGACCCCAAGGAGCCCUCCUUCUGCUUGGAAGCUGAGGACGACUGGGAGGACCCAGAGGCCCUGAGCUCACUGCUGCUGUUCCUGAACGCCCCCGGGUACAAGGCCAGCUUCCGUGGCCUGUACGACGUGGCGCUGCCAUGGCUGAGCAGCGUGUUCUGCAGCUUUAGCGACGAGGAGGAGCUGACUGGGCGCCUGGCACAGGCCCGAGGGGCGGCCAAGAACGCUGGCCUCGUCAUGGCCCUGGCCAGGCUCUGCUUCCUCCUGGGCCGGCUGUGCAGCAGGAGGCUCAAGCUGUCCCAGGCCCGGGUGUACUUUGAGGAAGCACUGGGGGCCCUGGAAGGCAGCUUUGGGGACCUGUUCCUGGUGGUGGCUGUGUACGCCAACCUGGCCAGCAUUUACUGGAAGCAGAACCGGGAGAAGUGUACACAGGUGGUUCCCAAAGCCAUGGCCCUGCUCCUGGGGACGCCCGGCCACAUCUGCAGCACCGAGGCGGAGGGGGAGCUCUUGCAGCUGGCGCUGCGGUGGGCGGUGGGUGGCCAGAGCCUGCAGGCCGAGGCCCGGGCCUGCUUCCUGCUGGCCAGGCACCACGUGCACCUCAAGCAGCCCGAGGCGGCCCUGCCCUUCCUAGAGCGGCUGCUGCUUUUGCACAGGGACUCGGGAGCCCCAGAGGCUGCAUGGCUCUCAGACUGCUCCCUACUCCUAGCUGACAUUUACAGCCACAAGUGCCUGCCCCACCUGGUGCUGAGCUGUGUCAAAGUGGCCUCAUUGAGGACACAGGACUCGCUGGCCGGCUCGCUGAGGAGCGUGAACCUGGUGCUCCAGAACGCCCUCCAGCCCCACAGCCUCCCCACCCAGACUUCCCACUACCUCAGGCGAGCGCUGGCCUCCCUAACGCCGGGCGCAGGCCAGGCGCUGCACGGCCUUCUCCACGCCAGCCUGGCCCAGCUGUACAGCCACCAUGGCUACCACGGCCCGGCCAUCACCUUCAUGACGCAGGCGGUGGAAGCCAGUGCUGUUGCCGGAGUCCGUGCCAUCGUGGACCACCUGGUGGCCCUGGCCUGGCUGCACGUGCUUCAUGGACAGAGCCCGGUGGCCCUGGACAUCCUGCAGUCUGUCCAGGAUGCAGUGGUGGCCAGCAAGGACCAGGAGGGCGUGAUUGCCAACAUGGUGGCCGUGGCUCUGAAGAGGACGGGCCGGACGAGGCAGGCAGCCGAGGGCUACUACCGCGCCCUACGGGUGGCUCGGGACCUGGGCCAGCGGAGGAACCAGGCAGUGGUGCUGGCCAACUUCGGGGCCCUGUGCCUGCAUGCGGGUGCCAGCAGGCUGGCCCAGCACUACCUCCUGGAGGCUGUACGUCUGUUCUCGAGGCUUCCCUGUGGGGAGUGUGGCCGGGACUUCACCCACGUGCUCCUGCAGCUGGGCCACCUCUGCACCCGCCAGGGCCCGGCCCAGCAGGGCAAGGGCUACUACGAGUGGGCUCUUCUGGUCACCGUGGAGAUGGACCACGUGGAGAGCCAGCUGCGGGCCGUCCAGCGGCUGUGCUACUUCUACAGCGCCGUCAUGCCCAGCGAGGCCCAGUGUGUCAUCUACCACGAGCUCCAGCUCUCCCUGGCCCGCAAGGUGGCCGACAAGGUGCUGGAGGGGCAGCUCCUGGAGACCAUCAGUCAGCUCUACCUGUCCCUGGGCACCGAGCGGGCCUACAAAUCCGCUCUGGACUACACCAAACGAAGUCUGGGGAUUUUCAUUGACCUCCAGAAGAAAGAGAAGGAGGCUCAUGCCUGGCUGCAAGCAGGGAAGAUCUAUUACCUCCUGCGGCAGAGCGAGCUGGUGGACCUGUACAUCCAGGUGGCACAGAAUGUGGCCCUGUACACAGGCGACCCCAACCUGGGGCUGGAGCUGUUUGAGGCAGCUGGAGACAUCUUCUUCAAUGGGGCCUGGGAGCGGGAGAAAGCCGUGUCCUUCUACCGGGACCGGGCCCUGCCCCUGGCAGUGACUACGGGCAACCGCAAGGCGGAGCUGCGGCUGUGCAACAAGCUGGUGGCACUGCUGGCCACGCUGGAGGAGCCCCAGGAGGGCUUGGAGUUUGCCCACAUGGCCCUAGCACUCAGCAUCACUCUGGGGGACCGGCUGAACGAGCGCGUGGCCUACCACCGGCUGGCCGCCCUGCACCACCGACUGGGCCACGGCGAGCUGGCGGAGCACUUCUACCUCAAGGCCCUGUCGCUCUGCAACUCGCCGCUGGAGUUCGACGAGGAGACCCUCUACUACGUGAAGGUGUACCUGGUGCUCGGUGACAUCAUCUUCUACGACCUGAAGGACCCAUUCGAUGCAGCCGGGUACUACCAGCUGGCACUGGCAGCCGCCGUGGACCUGGGAAACAAGAAAGCACAGCUGAAGAUCUACACGCGGCUGGCCACCAUCUACCACAACUUCCUCCUGGACCGCGAGAAGUCGCUCUUCUUCUACCAGAAGGCCAGGACCUUCGCCACAGAGCUCAACGUCCGCAGGGUCAACCUGCCUCCUCUGCCACUCUGCGGGUGGGCCCCCUGGUUGGCCCCCAGCCACCCUCGCUGAGGACAGCAUCCGAGGGAGUGGGUUUUGUGCGAGGAGGGUGGUCUCCUGCCUCUCCUGGUGUCUCCCAUGGCUCGUUUUCUGGGAAAUGGAGGCAUGAAAGCAGCGUUCAAAUAGCAAUAAAUGGUUUUUUGUUUUUUUGCAAUAACAUA